UUUAAAGGCAGUGUUUGUCAAGGCUGUAGUGAGUGAGUAGAGCUCUCUAGCAAAGGGGCUGCUUUAGGGACUUAGGACCAGGGUUAGCUAAAGACAACAAGAAUCACACAGCAUGCAAAGAAGACAAUGAGUGAACUUGCAUUCAGUAUUCCACAAAGCAAAGACAGGAACAUCAACUGAUUAUUACAGAAGAAUGGCACAUUUACAAAAUGACUUCCCUUAAACUUCAUUUGGAACAGGCUUGUAUUUUGUUAUACAUUAUGGUGUAAGUUCUAGAGACAGGCAAUGAUAACGUGGAGGAGUUGUGUUUUCAGGAGGCUGGGGGUGAAGAUUUUCAGAAAAAACACCCUCUUGUUCGCGCUCUUCUGGUUUGGCUUUUGGAUUUUCAUGAGUGCACUGAUGUUUGUUCACAGGACAAUCUUCUCUGACCACUGCACCGAUGAGAAAAGUAAAAGGAUUCUGGCAAGAGUGUGUGAUGGAUAUAAAGAGGGAAUCCUCACUGGGGAUCUUUGUGAAGAUCUGUGCAUCAGCAAGCAAGUGGUGUACCAAAGAUGCCUUUACUAUGAAAAGGGUAAAAAGGUCAUUCAGGCAGACUGGGCUGGUAUUCCCAUUAUCCUCAAAUCAAAACUGGAAAACUUCUCCUCCUAUGACAAUUUUGGAAUGCUGGAUUACCAGGAAAUGCAGGAUGUUUCCACAAUGGAUAUUGUGUUUUAUGCAGCACUGGAGAUUAAAAACUUGUUGGGGUUGGAACUGAUCAACACAACCGUGCCAAAAUUAUGGACCAAACAUUUACAAGGGAGAGUUGAACCAUACUCCAAAGCAGAACUGGCCACCAUGUGGUCCCUUCUCCAACAGGAAGAAUAUACCUUUUUCAAAAUAUUACAGGAUCUGAGCAAGCAUGUUGUCAAGGUACUGGGAUCCUGUGGACACUUUUAUGCAGUGGAGUACCUUAUAGCUGGCCAUGCUUGGAAUCAGAACCUGUUUUCCCUGGAAGAACUUUUUGGUUCAUCUGUAACAGGCCACAACAACAAAGCGUUAAGGGGGGCUAUACAUACAAUUGCACUCAGCUUUUUAGACAUGGUCAAGCACUUUGAAAAUGACUUUUCCUACCAUCUUCACCUCUGUGACAUCAAACCAGAAAAUUUUGCCAUUAGAAAAGAUCUGACAGUUGUUGCAAUCGAUGUAGACAUGGCUUUCUUUGAGCCCAAAAUGAGGGACAUCCUUCAACAGAAUUGCACAAAUGAUGAAGACUGUAAUUUUUUUGACUGCUUUUCUAAGUGUGACAUGCAGCACAACAGAUGUGGUGCAAAAAGGAUAAACAGCAAUUUGCAAGUGAUCUGUGACAAGAUGUUCCGCCACUGGUUCUCCCCCAGCCUGAUAGGCUCUAGGGCCAGCCUUCCUCUGCAAGUCGAGCUGCAGAAGGCAGUGCAGAGGUGUGCUGUGCCAACUGAGGAGUACCCGAAGAACAAGAAAGAUCAUCGAACCCUCUUCUCACAACUCUAUGGACUGCUGCAGGCUAGCCAGAGACAAUUACAAGAAUGAAGGAGACAGAAAACAUUUUCUAGAGGUGUUCUGUACAUGUGUAACAGGCAGUGUUGUGUGAUACACUUCAGUUGUGGAUUCUGUCCUGUUCCCUGUCGGUGAGAUGAGAUGAGAUGAGGUAAAAAGCUCUAUAACCAUGAAUGCAGACAAGCCUGGCUCUUUGUGGCUCACAUGUGGUUCAAUCAUCUGUUUAGAGUAUUUGCUUUUAUACAGUAUUUAAAAAAAUGGUAUUAACAAACAAAUCUUUUUUUUUCAACUGUGUUAAAAUGCACGUAUAUUUAAUUCAGUAAAAUGUGUAUUAUAUUUUGGAAAUCUAGUGUGCUUAUUUCUUGCCAAACUGGAUGUUUGUUACGACAUUAUUUUGAGAACAUUACACAUAAAAUUACACUAAUGGAAUGACAACUAUUAAACUAAAAGAAUUUCUGGCAGAAAAUAACAAUUACCAUAACAGAUUAAAUGUACUGGAAUUCAUGUCCAGUCCACUAAAAUAACAAAAUAAAUCGUGAUAAGCUAUAAGAAAUAAAGCUGUUUUUGAUAUUCCAACUGAAGUACCCAAUGUAGGGAACCAUAAAGCAUUUAGUGUAGCGACCACAUCCAGUACAUAAUAUUUUACUUUCUAACACAUUCCAGAUGAUAGCUCAAGAUUUAUUAGAGAAAUUUAUGUCCAAACACUGACCUUAUCCAUGCAGGUUGUAGUCAUGCUUGAAAUGUGUAGACGCCUCCUGGUCUCCCCUGACCACAAAUCCAGAAAUGCUGCAGUUUCAAAAACAUUCCAAAUUCUUCUUUUUUCUUUUUUUGUAAACACUAUAUUGAUCAGUAACUAAUAACAUGUAAAUACAAGUUUAAACAUAAAUUUGCAUGAAACAAAUAUAUUAUAUAUAUUGGACUUUAUAAAGGGCAGAAUUAAUUCCAUAACAAUUUUUACAUGUGUUUAGUUGUUUUUGCUGAGAAAUGCCUUAAAGAUGUGUAUAUAAAAACUGUUAAGAAUAAAGGAUGAUAGAGAGAUGUUUUAACAGGUAAUAAUACAUUGUAAAUUGCCCCAUCUUUAUGCUAGGUCCAUUGCAAAAUGAUUUUAUUGUGUUAUGUAGGGGUCACUUUACUUGACCAUGUUUCUGCUUAAGGAAAUGUUUAUAAAUUCUAAUAUUAUAUUAUGGUGUAUAAUGUAGAAUACUAUUCUCUCUGAAUAUCAUUGAUAUGGUUUUACAUAGAAAUGGCUGCAAGCAAUGAGUUAGAGUAUUUGACACUGAUGUAUUUAUAUCUGUGACAGAAUCAUCGAUUUACUGUAUUCUGUGGCUUCUGAAUGACAAAACAUUAUGAUUAAAAGUAUGGGUUGAUGAAGUGGCUCAAAUUCUUCUUAAUCUGAGUUAUGGGAGACAAAUUUGCUUUGUCUUGCACAUAGCCUGAAGCAUUAGAUGAGAUGUCUUUUAUAGCUGAUGUCCAUGAUGCCCAAAACCAUGCAAUGUAUUAAAAUGUAAUAACUUUUCUCACAUUUCUAUACUUUGGCCAAACAAAUGAAGUUUACAAAGAGAUGUCUGUUGUAGCUACUGCUAAAAUGUAAUUAAAUAUAUGUGUAAUGACUCUAAGGCUAAUCUACAGAUAAGGAUUAUAUAUUAUGAAACAAUAUUAUAUUGGCAAGGUGCAGUUCUAUAACAUGCUGUGUAUUUGGUAAAGUGAAACCAAAUUGUAAGCUGUUAGAGGCCACCCACAAAUGAGGGGUAUCCUGGAAAAACUUGAUAACCCACAAUUUAAUUUUCUUAUGUAACUCAUCUUGAGUGCUUUUAUCAAGCAAAUACAUUUACAACUGAACAGUUUUUUUUUCUUCUUUUUUCAAAAAACAGUUUUUGACCAUUUUCACUCCAGGAUACCCUUCCUAUAUAAUAAUAAUAAGGUGGACAAAAAUCUUUUUUUUGUUUGUUUUAAUUCUGAAAGAAUGUCAUUUUAUGUGAAACCUCCUGUUAUCUGCGUCUGUUCUGUCGGUAGAAACAUUAUAAUAACAUAUUUUUUGUGUUUGAUUUUGGUAACCACAUGAAACUGAAAAUAAAAAUACUAUAAAAUGGA